GAAAGUGCCUCUAGUAUUUUCGCGGGUAAUGUGUUCCAAUCCAUUACAGUGCGAUUCCGGAGUAUCUCUUGGCCUCUUCGGGGAACGCCUGCCCACUUGACCGCGCGGCCUUUCGGUGCCCUUGCAGAUGCUGGCUGCGCAAGGGUCGGUGGCCUCCAGAAGGACCUGGGGCAAGGGAGAGGAGAGCCCUUCGUCGCCCGAGUCACUCCUGUAGGCCCUUUUCAUCGAAGCCCUCGCCAUCGCCGACGCCUCGCCAGGAACAAAGAGCUUUCUUUGUGGCGCGAGCGAGGCCUCCUGCGAUUUCGGGUCGCCGUCAAUUUAAAGGUUUGUCGUAGAUACCCCAACUUAACGGACGACAACAAUUCAGAAAUGGAUGCGUCAAGCGGUGACUGA